UUGUCAGCAUACAUUGCAUAAUGACGGUGUUGCCGUGCUCCAGGUAUGGUAAACAGACGGUUUCUCUGAACUAUUACGUAUGUUUUAUCGCGAAAAUAGCUUAACAUACCACGCUGUUUCUUUAUUUAGCCUACUGCUCGUGUUCGCAUUUCGUCACUUUAGGCAAGCGUAAAUGGACUGCGAGAAAGUUAAUGCACAAAGGCCGAAAGUGUUUCAGAUAUGAGCCUAGGAUCGGUUUAUCUGAUGCGCCGUGGGUAAGCGUUGUAUUGCGUUUUUUUUUUGGUAAUCGUUACUGCCACUGUUUUGUUUUUGCGUUUCCUUCCGGUUCUGUUCCCAUGAAUGGAGUUUUCCUCACAUAUAAACUGUAGCUGCGGGUCGCCGAGAGCAGCACCGCGGGGAAGUCUCUUUUAGUUUGUGUAUUCGUCAGACAUUCGCAGCGUUGCCUGUCACUCAGUUGCACCGAUUGUUGGCAGCCAGGGGACGGUCAGUACAGGACUGUUUGAAUGACACACAACCAUAUACUAUCAAAUGUUAUUUCCGAUACUUCCGUGGUAUCUUGCCCGUAUCAGUGAAAUAAGUGCUUUUCGAAUCAUGAAUAGACUUCAUUUAAAUAUAAGUUAAUUUACUUUCGAUAGCUUUCAUGUCAUGUGACUUUGUAUUGUGUUACUACACUGGGAAAAAUAGGACUUUUGGGCUAUUUAUAUUUUAUCUUUGUUUAUAUUGUUGAGACAGUUAGGCAUUUUCUUUAUUGAAAAGUCUUAUUUCUUUUAAAUAGUUUCCAUGUUAUGUAACCCAUUGAUUCCAAUUCGAUACCAGAUAUUAUUACUACACUGUAGUAAUAAGCAUAAGUAAGCAAACCUCUUUUUAAGGGAUUUUAGAGCUUCUUCAAAUUUAUAUGAAUUCUGUUGAAUAUUUUUACAAAAUCAGCACCUUUUUUAAUUAAAGGAUUACUUUAAAUACAUCUCUAUUAUGUCUUCAGGCUUUUUUCUGAUGAACUUGCAGUCUUUGAUUGGCAGGCCCCUCCAUGGUAAUAAGCACCUCUGUACACAUAUUUGUGUUUGUGUCAUGUGCCUUAAAUUGCAAUAAAACCACCGUACUAGCAUAUAUUCAAACUCACCACCUGCUAUAAAGAUAGAUGAUGGCAGGAGGUGUGUGAAUGGGAAGUUUUUAUCACAUGACCCAAGAUGUGUUAAAGACCAGAGGUUAGUCUGGUAACAGUUGGCUGAUUUCAGAACUUUCCAACGUCGCUGAUUAUAUCCAAACUGCAUCCGAGAUCCUCUUCUGCUAAAUCAAACGGACUUGUAAGCAAUGUUUGCCAUAAUGGGCUGAGCUGGCAAGCUUAAUAUGAUUAUCAUAUAGUAGGGAGGACGAAUUCUAUAAACUGUCCCAGUGUUGAAAGAGCAACAGACCAGGAGAAAGGUUUGCUCCUCCCUCCAGUUGAUGAAUGCUACAGAAGCCUCAAGGAAAGAAGUUACAUAGGAGCAACAUGAUUUCUCAGGAGGAAUUCCCUCAAGACCUUUGCGAUGCUGGAGGCCUUGAUUGUUCUCCAACAAGAAAACAAAGUUUUGGGGAGUACAGCCGGGUGCCGCUGGACGACAACAGUGACACCCCAGAGAUUUCGGACAUGGACACUGAACUAAUCUUCCCACUUAUGGAGACCAAGUUGUACAAGCGGCGAUGGCUCAUGCUAUUCAUUUUCAGUGCUUACUCUAUGAGCAAUGCCUUCAUGUGGCUGCAGUACAGCAUCAUCGGCGACAUCUUUAUGCGGUUUUACAACAUUGACUCCCUGGCCCUUGACUGGCUCUCCAUGAUCUACUUCCUCACCUACAUCCCCCUCAUUCUGCCAGUCAUGUGGGUGCUCGACAACCGAGGCCUCAGGGACGUUCUGGUGGUGGGCGCAGCCUUUAACUGCAUUGGGGCCUGGAUAAAGACUGGAACCGCCCACCCAGACAUGUUUGCCAUGACCCUCCUCGGCCAGUUUGUGUGUUCGAUUGCCACAGUUUAUAUCCUGGGUAUCCCGUCCAGACUUGCAUCCCUGUGGUUCGGGCAGAAGGAGGUCUCCACCGCUUGCUCCGUUGGUGUUCUGGGAAACCAGAUGGGUAUUGCCAUUGGGUUCCUGCUCCCGCCCAUCCUUGUGCCUAAUGUGGACGAUGUGGAUGAGCUGGCGUACUACAUCAGAAUCAUGUUCUACACCAGCGCAGGAGUGGCCACCUUACUCUUUAUCCUCGUGGUCAUUGUAUUUCAGGAAAAACCUGAGCUCCCUCCCUCCCAGGCACAGGCUCAGGCCAGGAGCACCCCCUCUGAUGAGAACUCGUAUUUGUCCUCUAUCUUGAGGCUGCUGCGCAACAAGCCCUUCAUGCUCCUGAUGGUCAGCUAUGGACUGAACGUCGGCUGCUUCUAUUCUAUUUCCACACUGUUGAAUCGGAUGAUCAUUGAUCAUUACCCGGGUGAAGAGGUGAAUGCUGGGAGAAUUGGUCUGACAAUCGUUGUUGCUGGCAUGGCUGGGUCCCUCCUAUGUGGCAUUUGGCUAGACAAGACCAAAACAUACAAACAAACCACCUUGGCUGUGUAUCUCCUCUCUCUGAUCGGGAUGAUCGUCUACACCUUCACCCUCAACCUGGGUUAUCUGUGGCUGGUAUUUGUCACAGCUGGAGCUUUAGGCUUCUUUAUGACGGGAUAUCUUCCUCUUGGCUUUGAGUUUGCAGUAGAGCUCACCUAUCCAGAAUCAGAGGGAACCUCCUCUGGACUGCUUAACUGCUCAGCUCAGAUCUUUGGAAUCAUUUUCACCAUCUCCCAGGGGAAGAUUAUUGAUAAAUGGGGCACUUUUGCAGCUAACAUCUUCCUGUGUAUAUUCCUGCUUAUAGGAUCAGUACUGACAGGAUUCAUCAAGUCCGACCUGCGACGGCAGAAAGCCAACCUUCAACAGGCUGAGGUGCGGACAGUGAGUCCUACAGGCUCUGAGUCAUCGGCGAAGGACUAUGGGGCCACAGCGAGCAGCGUCCACUGGCAACGGCAAUCUUGACAUAAACCCAAAACCUCUUUAAAAUCAAAACCUCUUCAUCACCAAAAGCGACGGCUGAGUUAGAAGCAGCCUUACCUCCACCUGGACUUCUAAAAGAGGGGAAAUGAUAAGGAGGACAGACUCUGACAAGCACGCCGUUGACUGAUUAAAACACAAAUACUGACACUUUAACAUGCAUUUACACCCACACAGGGGCCAGAGGAAAAAAAUCUGCAGUGAAGAGCGAAUCACUCUGAGCAAUGCUCUGUCCCACAUUUGAUGUACUGUACGUCGCCACACUGAUUCAAACACCAGAGACUCACUCUAAUACCCAGGUGCAAUUUAGCUCUUCCAAAACAAAGCACAAGGCAAUCAUUCACAAGUGGAACGCACUCAGAUCCUCAUAGGUUUUAACAACCAUUUAACUAAUCAUCUUUUUAAACAUUAAUUUUAUCCAAUAUUCAAUUCAGUGCAAUGCUACUGCCUAGUGAAACACACACUUUAUCCUUCAUUGUUAAUUUAGUGAUCUAACAAGCAAUAUUUAAAAUGUGUUUCCUGCUGCUGGACCAAUAUUGUGUGUAAGUGAGCUCAGUCUUUAAAUGCUGAAGGCAUUCAUUAGAGUGCAGAGUAAAACUGUGUCGUGUUUUCCUCUCCUGUUAUCAUCUCUGCCUGCCAUCCAGGAUCACAUGGAGGAAUAAUUUCUGCAUACUUUUAAUGAUAAAUGUAAUUGAUGCCGUGCAUCAGUUUUGUCUUUGUGUAACUGUAAGUGAUCCUUACUACACAACUGGUGAUACAUAUCUGGAUUAUGCAAGCAAGAAAGUCUGGAGCUUGAGGAAUGUUAGCUCGGCUCAAAUCGAGACGGAAGGCAAACCGAUCUACUGCAGUUGUCAUGUUGCACAAUAUAUGUUGUAAUGUGUACUUUUACUUAGGUUGUAAAAUUGUUAGUGGGAAAUGUAGUUCAUGCUGUGUAAAAGUGACAGUGUGUCAUUCACACUAUGUUCCGUGGGGACUGUCUUUAGAUUUUCCUAUUUAUAAUAAAUGUUAUGAGGUGCCAGUUUUUA